UUUCUUCUGAUGACAACUUGGCUAGUGAGCAACCAUUUUGAAAAUGGUGGCCUUUCUGGUGUGUUUUUAUGAUAUUUGCUGUAUAUUUCGUUUGUAAAAAUGCCAGCCAUUUCUGUUCGAUGGGAUUCGCUACGCUUUGGCGUUGCCGUUGUUCUGAUUCAUUCAUUUUUUGUCUUGAUAUUGUUUGCCUAAAUGUAAAACCAAGUUUGAUAGAUUUAUUGAAUGAAACUGUGGGCUUUGAAUAAUUGAAAGAAUAUGUUUAUAUCAUUAAUUUUUGUUAAAAUGAUGUAGUGUUCAUAUAUUGUGUUUAUAUGAUUUAUUCAACGUUUAUAUGAUUCAUUUUUUUAUAUGAUCAAUUAAAUGAUAAAUUUCAUGUCUACAUAAAUUAUUCAAUGUUUAUAUGGUAAACACAACUUAUAUUAUGUUUUGUUUGUUGGAAGGUGAAGACAAGAUUGGUUCAACAUGACAACCCAAGAAUACUCCAACUUAACGAAUGAUAUGAUGGUUGAAGAUGCAGAACAUGGCCCUCCUGAGGUAAUCACAAGCCAGAAACCACAACAAAUGGAACGCCCAGUGGUAUGCAAACCUGUAACUGCCACAUACGUAAUGGCACCCACCACUGUCCAACCAAUCAAUCCAAACUCCAUUGAUGGCAAUUACAGACCCAGAUGGGCUCACAGGAGCGCGCUGAUUCUGAGCAUUAUCAUUAUGAUUUGUGGCGGGAUCAUGCUCAUUAUGAAUAUAGCCAGCUUGGCCAUGGAGAUCAGAUUCUAUUUGCCAGGAACAGGAAUCUGGGGUGGCAUAGCAAUAAUGGUCAUAGGUGGAAUUGGAGUGGGUGCAUCAAGGAGAAAAUCAAAGUGCUUGAUCAUUGCCGUUAUGGUCCUUACUAUCAUACUAGCUGUAGGGAGUACCACAUUAUUUGCAAUUCAGAUCACCUAUGCCCUGAGUAGCAUACCAUUAAGAGAUCGAGAUUAUGAUUUCUUCGACCGAGACUAUGUAAUCCGUGGAUUUGCUAUCAGUAUAGUGAUGGCAAUUUGCUUUUUGGUUGCGAUUGUGUCUGCUAUUGUUGUGUCUGCUCUGACGUGCCGUGCAGUGUGCUGUCAACCCAAUUCAUUCAUGGUUCAGGUUGCAUAUGUACCCCCUGCGGAGUCAUGCAACUUGGCUCCAGUUUCUGAGAAGUUAAUGGCACAAGGAGGACACAAGGAGGCUGUAUUGGCUACACCACAACCACAGCUACAGCAACAGUUUAUUCAGAAGGAGGGGUUGAUGCAGCACUAGAAUGUGACCACAAUGGAGACUCCCUAUAUACAGACAUUACAAUAGCUCAAACAGACAAUAUAUAGUAGAUAUGCAGCUACACCACAAGCUCAGAUACAGGCUCCAAUAUAUUCAGAACAUGGGGCUGAUGCAGCCCUAGACUACACUCGCCAUGGCAACUCCCAUAUAAGCCUAUAUACAGACAUUACAAUAGCUUCAACAGACAAUAUAUAUAGAUAUGCAGCUACAAUACAAGCUUAGAUACAGGCUCCAAUAUAUUCAGAACAUGGGGCUGAUGCAGCCCUAGACUACACUCGCCAUGGCAACUCCCAUAUAAGCCCACAUACAGACUGGAUCCAUUACAAUAGCUUCAACAGACAAUAUAUAUAGAUAUGCAGCUACACUACAAGCUUAGAUACAGGCUCUAAUAUAUUCAGAACCAGGGGCUGAUGCAGCUCUAGACUACAUUCGCCAUGGCAACUCCCACAUAAGCCCAUAUACAGACUUGGGCCAUUAUAACAAACUGCUUUAACAGGCAUUUUAUAGACAUGCAACAAAAUAAGGGUUAUCCUUCUAUAUUAAUCACAAGCAACCAAAUAAUAAGCUUGAAAACUGACUAAUUGAGAGUACAGUAAAACCUGUUUAUCUGACCGCCUCGAGAAAUCCCAACAUCUCUAAAUGUGAACGCUUACUUUGUCUUAAUUUUUGAUCUUUUCAUUGACUACCAUGUCCAAAAACUUGAAAAACAUCUGCCAAUCCUAAUACUUAUGGUGAUCCCAGUGCCUUUUCAAAUAGACAGGUUCCACUGUACUAGGCAUUGUUGUGCUUGAAUCAUUUUCUAGCUUUAGUAAUAUCAUGGGCUUUCAACUAGAAGGGUAUGCAACUCUAUGUAAUAACAUGAGACCUUCAAAAUGAGCAAUGACAUGCUUCCCUUUUAUGGCAAUAUUUCAAAAAGUAUUAGAUAAAUGUAUAUAUUUUAGUAUUAUUUUGAAUAAAAAUCAAUUUUUAAUAUGAUUUAAGCAUAAAAUAUAUUCAAUAUCAUAUAAAAGUAAACAAAAGAGAUCAAUAAGAAUAAGAGUUAUCAAGAUGUUCUCUUUGAGUAUUGCAUUGUGGGUAAUUAUUCAAGAACACAUUCCAAUAAAAAC